AGCGAAAGUAAUGCAAGUGCGCCUAGAUUCAAGUAAUGCGCCUAGUAAUGCAAGUGCGCUUUGCCUGGGAAUGCCAAGUCCACUACAAUUUAUGCACAGGGGAUUCACGGAUUCUGGACCUAUAGUGUGCCGUACUAGCACCUGGGUGCCAUUUCACGCAACCAAAGCCAAAUCCUGACGUGUUGACCUCUAGCGUAUCCUUCCUCAUCCUGAGUAAGUCCGUAAGCCUCUUGCUUGCCGUCUGCCUGUCUACUCGAUCACCCUUACGAGGCCAACUGCCACAAAAGCACAUCCUCCUUUCAAGUAUAAACCUUGAGCAUGCACAGCGGCAAUAGGCUGCUGCAAUUUGCAGCUCGGCAUGCGAUAUGUCGUAGCGGACGGCCUCUCGUGUCCACAGCCCUUCCGGCGCUAGACACCAGCUUACCGGGCUGCUCCAGCAGCAUAACUACAGAUGGCGCUGCGCCUAUCUUGGGCCUCGCCGCGGCGUCGGGCGCCAUCUACAGGCCGUUUGGCCGCGCAGCUCGCGGCAUCGCGACAUCAUCAUCACAGCACAUGCGCGUUGGCGGCGGCUUCCCCAGGCGCGAUAUGGGCUCGGACUACUACUACCCGCUGCCUCCUCCUGCCAACAUGGGCGUGCUUAUUGUGCCCGAGAAGACGGCGUACGUGGUGGAGCGCUUCGGUCGCUACCGGGAGACCCUUGGGUCGGGACUGCACUUCCUCAUCCCGCUGGUGGACCGAGUGGCGUACGUGCACUCCCUCAAGGAGUUGGCCAUCCCCAUCAGCCAGCAAACCGCCAUUACUAAGGACAACGUCACCAUCACCAUUGAUGGGGUGCUGUACGUAAAGGUGGUUGACGCCUUCAAGGCCAGCUACGGAGUCGACAAUGCGUUGUAUGCGGUGGGGCAGUUGGCGCAAACCACCAUGCGCAGCGAGCUGGGUAAGAUCACGCUGGACAAGACCUUUGAGGAGCGAGAGGCCCUCAACCACAACAUCGUGCGAGCCAUCAAUGAGGCGGCGGAGGCGUGGGGGCUGCAGUGCCUCAGGUACGAGAUCAAGGAUAUCAUGCCACCGCGGGGUAUCGUACAAGCCAUGGAGCUGCAGGCCGAGGCUGAGCGCCGCAAGCGUGCCAGCAUCCUGGAGAGUGAGGGAGUACGGCAGAGCAAGAUCAACGUGGCGGAGGCGGACAAGCAGCAGGUCAUCCUAGCCUCUGAGGCAUCCCGCCAGCAAGCUAUCAACCUGGCUCAGGGAGAGGCGGAGGCGCUGUUCCAAACCGCCCAGGCAACUGCAAGGAGUCUGGGAGUGGUGAGCGCUGCACUGACAAGGGGAGGCGGUGCAGAGGCGGCGGCGCUGAGGGUGGCGGAGAAGUACCUGGAGGCCUUCCGCCACCUAGCCAAGGACUCCACCACCCUGGUCCUCCCGGCCAACGCCGGGGACCCCUCGGGGAUGGUGGCGCAGGCCAUGACCAUCUACCGCUCCCUCAUGCAGCAAAACUCACUGCAACCACCCGCCGGCGCCGCCUCCUCGUCACCGGCCGUGUCAUCAUCCGCCGGGGGCCAACUGCCGGGCAACAGCGGACUGAAGCUGCCGGGGGGUGGCAGCAGCGGGGGUGCCGCACAACAGCCGCCAUCGUCGUCGUACUCCACAACGGCAGGCGCAACCGCUUCUGGGGUAGCAGCAGCGGAGGGGGCAGGGAUCAGCGGUAACACGGAUGGCAGCGUGGAUGGCCAGUUUGCGGAGCUGUUCCCCGAGGGUCAGAACCCCAUCCUAUCUACGCGUGGCAGCACCAGCAGCAAGCCUCUCCAGUCGUAGCUGUGUAGCUGUGUAGCUGUGUAGCUGUGUGGAUGCAUUGAGGACAGGAGCAUGAGCAGCAGCAGGGGCAUGGGCUGUUACUGGCAGCAACGGCAAUGGCGGUGGUGGGCUGUAGUAGCUUAUGUUGCUGCGCCGCCUCAUGCACGCGCAGUAACGGUAAUGGCGGCUUGGAAGCUUAGGAGUGCGUAAGGGGUAUAGCAACGGCGGCAGCGGCUUUUGUAGCAGCACAAGCAGCGUACGGCAUACGUGCUGCUGCUGCUGCUAUGACUAACGCGGGAGGGAACUGCGCGUGCCAAGUUAGGCUAUAGUGCUGGGCGUAGUCGCUGCUAGUAGGGUGUGUAUCAGGAGGAUUGGAAUGCGCUAUGACCUAUGAGGUUAUAGUGGAAAGGGGGAGGCGAGCGGGACAGGAACUGACAGACAGGUGUGGGGCGUUUGGGGGGUUAGGGAAGCGGGUUGGGAGGAGAGAAUGUGUGAUGUUUUGGGUUGAAUUCUCAAUGCUUUCGGGCGAGUAUUGUUCUGCUGUGCACGUCACCUAGUCCACGCAUCACUGCAAGCCCGCGAAGGCCUGUCAAUACGUCGACUCCUCAACGUGCACCAGCCAUCAGUUGCCCAAUGACACGUUGCAAAGAUACGGCUGACAAAGACGCUUGUCAAAGGACACCUAAGGACGAUACUGAGAAAACGUUAAGUAUGGGCCUAUUGUGUUGGCAGCUACGUGCCCCUAGGGUUCCAGAAGCCCGUCACUGGCGCCAACGUCGGUUGGCACCAACAGAUAUCCUGAAAGAAAUGUACUUGAUAAGGAGUGUCGAUCCUUGGGUCUGUGGCCCGGUAACUUAACAAAGAGGCAUUACUGCGACGGUUGAUCACUUGAUUGUUCCUGGCCGUUCAUGGCCGUGCAACAUACGGCCUCGCGUGAAGUAUUGAUACUGUGACAUGGUAAGGUACUUGCGAACUCUUCUGUUCGUAACUGAUGGCGUGCGUUUAAGCUAAGCCUGCCGUCAACCCGGUCUCACAUCUGUCAUAUGUAAGGCCUGCAAACGCAUGCACGGUAAACGGACGCUCAACGGGCAGCAACACCAUUCUGCACCGUAAUGCUCACUCGCUUUGAAUUGCUAAGAAAACUGUAGAACUUUCAUUUCUUGUGUCAGGUAUUAAUACCAGAAGCUCCACCGCACAGUUCCAUCCAACCGCUCCCCACGCUUGAGGCUGCUGAACACCGCAGGUGUCAUAGACACGAAAUAUGCAGGCACUAGAGGGUAAACGCGUAAGGGACGCGGGCCGUCGAGCUCAGGACGCUGAGUCGCACAUCACCAGGAAGGUGACGGUCGCCAGUCGCCAUGCGGCGGUCAACAAACGCGCUGGACUGCGUUGUGCGCGCUCAGUUGCGAGGAGGCCCAUGGUUUGCAAUGCUAUCAUAACGCGCGAAGCGCCGGCACCAGCGGUCGAAACACAGACGGGCGUUUAUUAUAACAUGGACUCCAGCACCAAGACAACCCGGCCUCGGCUUGUGGUCCUGGGCUCUGGGUGGGGAGCGAUGAGUUUUAUUAAGGGCUUGCCAUCGAACAUCAGCGAGACCUACGAGCUCAUCGUCGUUUCGCCCCGGAACUACUUCCUGUAUACACCGCUGCUCCCAGCGGUUGCGACAGGAACAAUGGAAGAACGGUCUAUUGUGGAGCCCGUCCGCAACUUCAUCGUAGGCAAGGGCGAGUUCUACGAGGCGCUGUGUAAGGAUAUCGACCCGGUGUCCAAGGAACUGGUCUGCUGCUUCCCCGAGGACGCGGGACUCGACAGCGCCUGCUUCAAACUCAGCUACGACGUGCUGGUGCUGGCGGUGGGCUCGGUGAUCAACACCUUUGGCAUCCGCGGUGUGGAGAAGCACUGCACCUUUUUCAAGUCCAUUGAGGACGCGGGCAGGCUGCGGGCGCGAGUGAGCGAGUGCUUCGAGCGCGCGGCGCUGCCGGCCACCCCGGAGGAGGUGAGGGAGAGGGG